AUGGCACCGGCCAAAACCAGAAAGGAAGGAUCUUCUGAUGGUCAAGAUGGACAUCCAGAUUACUCGCUCAAUAUGAUCGACGAGGACUUGAUCCGUUCCGAAAACGACGAUAAACUCACCUUGUAUUUGUUUUUUCUGAUUUUAGCCGCCGCGAUAGCAGGAUUUCUUUUCGGUUAUGACACGGCUGUCGUAGGUGUGGCACUCCCAUUGAUUGGGACCGAUCUAGGCAGUGAAUUGUCUUCUGCUCAACAAGAGAUAGUCACUGCUGGUACGACAAUUGGUGCCAUAUUUGGCUCCGCCAUUUUGGGAUCGUUAAGUGACAAAUUAGGACGAAAGUGGUCUAUCACCAUCGCAGAUUUGUUCUUUACUGUAGGCGCUGUUUUGAUCGCAUGCAGCUACUCAUUAGCGCAAAUAAUUGUCGGUCGAGUUAUACUAGGUGUAGGAGUGGGAGGAGCAGCGGUUAUUGCCCCCAUGUACAUCACCGAGCUUGCCCCCACAGCAGUACGUGGUAGAUGUAUUGGCAUUAAUGCCUUGUUCAUUCCUGUUGGCCAAGUCGUAGCGGCAGGCAUCGGAGCUGGUGUACAGAAAAUGAAGCAUGGAUGGCGACUUCUCUUCGCUCUUGGCGUUGUCCCUUCUAUGGUACAGCUUUGCCUGAUGCACUGGCUGCCUGAAUCACCCCGAGUCUUGAUACUUCGCGGUAAAAAGGAAGAAGCCCGUCAAGUCAUGGCAAAAGUGUACAAAAAUGCUCCGGAAGCACAAAUCGAAUUCAAGCUCAGAGUAGCGGAAGAAUACGUUGCGGCCACCACCAGACUACAACGGGAGAUGACCCUUUCUCAACGUGUCCACAAACUCUGGACCACAAAAGCAUACAGGCGACCUAUCAUAACCGUCAGCGGACUGCAAUUCUUUGGACAGCUGUGUGGUUUCAACGCUCUUCUGUAUUACGCCGGAACUUUAUUCGGAUUACUCGGCCUGUCAAACCCCGCUCUGGGCGGUCUCAUCCCAUCUGGAGUCAAUGCGCUUUUCCUGAUCAUCGGUAUGUCUUUAGUGGACCGCGUGGGACGCCGUGGUUUGCUAGUGUGGUUUGGGCCUAUCAUGAUUGCAGGCCUUGUUUGGAACAUCGCUGCAUUCCAUCAUCUCUGUGAACCGACUGGGGGACUAUUGGACACCUCUUAUGUGUACGACAAGACCGCUGUAGGCAUCGUCAUCGGGGGAAUCGUGCUGUUCACCGCCGGCUUCGGUAUGACCUAUUCCCAUUUGGCUUGGUAUCAAUCCGAAUUUUUGGCGCUUGAAAUCCGAGCUUCCGGCUCAGCCAUUGCUACCACAACCUGUUGGAUCGCAAACCUCAUCGUCUCGGUGUCUUUCCUAUCAGAACUCGAAACACUUACUCCUGCUGGAACGUACGGUCUUUACCUAGGCUUUGUAGUGGCAGGAUAUAUUUUUGUCCUCUUCUGCUAUCCGGAAUCGAAGGGACUGUCCAUUGAUGAGAUCGCGACUGUAUUCCACGAAGGUUUUGGCAUUAAAAAAUCGGUUGAGAUGCGCCAGGCAAAGGCCGAGCUCCGCGCCAAGUGGGCGAAGGAGAAGGAUGGAGGAGUUCAUGACUCAGCCAAGAAAGCGAAGGAGACUGCACAUCUCGAGUUCGCUCCCCGAAUUACCCGGGGUUUCAGGGAUGACAACGACAAUCAGGCCUGA